AUGGAUAUUGGCGUCUCUACUGAAAGACGUACUCUUGAUAUAAAUUUUAUUGCCUCACAGUUAGGUACUGAUUGUUGUAAAGGUCAUCUUGCUCUUCAUCCAUUUAGCGGGAACAAUUAUACAAGUGCAUUUUACGGGAUCGUGGAGGCAAAUCUCAAUAUUCCAAAACCUAAUGAAUAUGGAUGGCGAGAAAUUGGCAAUCAACUUGAGGUUAAAUUGAUGCACAUUAGACCUGCUCCUGAAGAUGUUUUGCAGUUAAUUCCUAUUCGUGUAAAAAGUCAAAAUGUGAAACACGGGUUGAUUGCAUGGAUUGGCUUGUACGCAACUGUUCAGAUGGAACGACAUAAAUUUUACGAUCCCGAGUUGAUGUCACAGGACGAUGUUUUUAAUUUACUAGAUUCAAUAGAUGCAGGUGAAUUAGAUACUUUUAUUGAAGAUAAUUUCCUUUCGGAUGAUAACCCUGAUUUUGUUCAUAAAGCUCAUCAUUUCAAUAUGGAAAAUAUCUUAGAUAAUGACGCCGAUGAAACAAAUGAAAUGAAGAAUUACCGGCGCUUCUUGGAAGAUAAAUUAUAUCAGGAAAUUGUAAAUACAACUAAUCUUUAUGCUCGCCAAAUGAAUAUUUCAACAAAAUUUGUAGCUACGCCGGCAGAAAUACAAAAAUGUGUCGGAAUUUUGUUUUAUAUGUCCAUAUACAGAUACCCAAAUACUCGAGAAUAUUGUGGAGAAAAUUCGUUUGAACCAUCGGUACCAAUGUCUCAACGCCUGUGUGUAGACGAACAGAUGUGUUCCACAAAAAUGGUUUCGCAUAUUCGGCAAUAUAUGCCCUCAAAACCACAUAAAUGGGGCAUGAAACUGUUCGUGUUGUGCGACACCUAUGGGUUUUCAUACGGAUUUGAGUUAUAUUCUGGAGCAAGUGACAAUAAAAUUCCAAAUGGAGCACCGGAUUUAGGUGCAGCAGUCAAUGCAGUUUCAAGAUUAUCGCAAAUAAUCCCUGAUCACAUGAAUCACAUUGUAUAUUUUGAUAAUUAUUAUUCGACUUUGCCAUUGAUGAUAUAUCUGGUCUUGUUAUGGAGUAGACUUGUCGACUACACUGGGAAAGACAACAAAGGUGUUCGUUUGGCCUCAACAUACGUAGGAGUAUUACCAUUUAAAAAUGAAAGUAAUAACACCCUGAAGACAUCAAGAUAUGAUCGUGCUCAAAAGAAGAGAAUAGAAAUUGAUUGCCCAAAUAUCAUCCGCGAAUACAAUGCACACAUGGGCGGUGUCGACCUAAUGGACGGUCUUUUGGGUCGAUAUCAUAUUCGCAUGAAAACAGUAAAGUGGACUAGUCGUUUCUUUUAUCAUAAGUUGGACUUGGCCAUGAUAAAUGCAUAUUUAUUACAUAAGAGGAUAAACAGACAAAAUAAAGCAUGCAAUAUACAACUCCCACAAUUUAGAAAAGAAGUGGCUGUAAUGCUUUGCAGAUUUCAAACAGAUGAACCGCAAAAGAGAUCUGUUGGAAGACCGCGAUCAACAAAUGCAGAAGAAGAUCCCGCCCCUAAACGACUGGGCAAGAGGACAUAUUAA